AUGUCACUGGAACUAACCCUCGAACCGGGCGAAGAGAUUCGGUUUCUGAGCAGAAUCAGCAGCACCAUCCGGCAGCUGGUGCGGCGAACGCAUUUCACCAGCCGAGAGCUGGAGGUGAUUCUACUGAUAUACUACAAACUGCUGAAGGACGAAACGGGGGACGAACGCGGCCAGCCGCAGUACAUUACCCGGCACCAGUUUACGACCGUGUUCGAUACGGUGUUCGGAAUGAGCGAUAGCGCUAUGAUCGGCCGAAUCUAUGCCGCACUGGACAAAGGGGCCAGCAGCUUCGUAACGAUGGAAACGUGGGCUCAAACGUUGUCGCUCUUCCUAAGGGGAACGUUCGAGGAGAAAAUUCGCUACUGUUUUCAAGUGUACGACAUUCAGAACGAAGGGUUCAUCCGGAGGGAUCAUAUGCUGCUGCUUCUGAGGCAUGCCACUAUCAAACACCAGGAAGAGGAUUUGGAAGAAUCGGUUAAGGAUCUGGUGGACAUAAUACUGCACCGCAUGGAUCUCGAUCGGGAUGGAUCAAUUUCGUUUCAGGAUUACCGGGACACGGUUCGGCAAUCUCCGGAACUGUUGGAGUGCUUCGGACAGGCUUUGCCUGACCGACGAAGGGUUUAUGCUUUUUCGAUUACAUUUUUGGAAAGAGUACACAAAUUUUAG